AAGAGAAUUCACUGUCCUGCACACCUACAGCUGAUUACAGAGCUCUGACUAAAAAGCAGAAUGGCUCUGAGUGACCUCCUCUACCCAGAUAACCCGAAGAGACGUCAAGAAGUGAUCCGUCUGCACCAGGAGCUGCUAGACUGCAUGUUGGUUAAUUUCCAUGCCACAGACGAACUGAUUGCAGUACUGAAUACACACUUGGGGUGCACAAUUGCCCAGAUUAAGAUGGAAAAAGGUGGCACCAUCAAGGAAAACUGUGACAUUAUCAUCCAAGCCAUGAGUGAGAUCCAACGGGAAGUAUGGAAGAUUGACAAAGAAAUGAAGGAAAUGCUGGAGCCAAUGCUGUACCAAAAGCUUUAUGAUAUCAAAGAGCCAGAGAUGGAGAAAAUUGCAAUAGCACACAAAGUUUUUUCGAUUGUUCUAGGAGAAGCUACUUCCAUUGCUGGUAUGGUAGCUGUAAAACUAGUUGGCUCAAAUAUUAUAAUUGUUGCUGUUAACAAGCUGGUCACUCUGCUAGCCCAGAUUGGUGCUUCUGUCCUUGGAGGUAUUGGCAUUGCCAUUCUUGGGCUGGGUAUUGACGUGAUCCUCCAGGCCAUCCUGGGAGCAGUCGAGAGGGAUCAACUUCUGGCAAUUGUUAAAAGUUAUGAGGAGCAUCUGGCCGAAUUUAAGGCAGCCUCAGAAAAAUAUCAGCGUGCCAUAACUGAAGUAACUUCUAUGGUGAAAUGUAAAAUUAAAUGAAUGGCUUUUAAUGUUCUCUCUGGCUGUCACAAUGACCACACCAAUUAUGCUUAUAUUAACUUUUCUGAUUCUUUAUGGUAGAGUGAGCGCUCUUACUUCUUUUUUAGCAGCACAUAAGAUAGCCAUGGAAAUGGGGGCCUUGAUGGCUCAGGAGAUUAGCACAGAAAUAUACCAAUAGGUAAUUGGUUCAAGCCCACUCCAAGUAGAUAGUGUAUGACAGUACCUGCUCCAGAGAUCUGGUAGCUUAUGUGAACCAAGUUGGUUAUUUCCAAUCCACUUCCAAAUGCUCAAAGUACAAAAAUCACCGUCAUAACUAUCACUAAUUUCUACAGUUUGGAAAAAGGCCAGGUUUACAUUAGACACUGUUGCUGGAUUAGUAAUGUCAGUUAGGGACAUGAUUUUUAAAUGACAUUUCUGUACCACAAGAACCCUAGUGGAGAUGUAGUUA